AUCAGCACCUUUCUCCAACCUCAACUCUCAGCUUGCUCUUCUCUCUCCGCUCAACGACCAACACUCAAACCAUGGCUUUCGCUGGCAAGUGGGAAACUGAAUCUCAGGAUGGAUACGAGGAGUUCUGCAAACUGAUUGGGAUCCCUGAUGAUGUCAUCGAGAGGGGUCGUGACUUCAAGCUUGUGACCGAGAUCACCCAGAAUGGUGAUGAGUACACAUGGGUGCAACACUACCCAAAAAACCACACGGUGUGCAACAAAUUCAUCGUUGGCAAGGAGAGUGACAUGGAGACAGUUGGUGGGAAAAAAUUUAAGGGGACCGUCAACAUGGAAGGGGGCAAGCUGGCCAUAAGUUUCCCCAAGUACCACCACACAUCUGAGAUCAGUGGUGGAAAGCUGGUUGAGACCUCCACAGCAUCUAGUGCUAAGGGUCCUGUUGUUUUUGUACGUACAAGUAAGAAGAUCUAACUGCAACAAAUGACUGUUCUGCUCUGUACAACCACUGACAUUACUUAAUAAAAUAUAAGCUUUACUUACAGAUGUCUCUGUAUCGCUCCACUUC